AUGCAGCUUGCCCAGCUUUGUUUUCCCUGUGUUAUUGCAUCGUUUUGGUCGAGCCUCGGCGCUCUUGCACCUCUUGAAAACACCUUAACUGUUCUGCCGUGCGUUGGAGAAAAGAGCCACCAAGACACAAAAGAGGUUCAAAACGAAGCGCCGGGCUGCAGUGUUUCUACCGACAACAGGACGCCUGUACUUCCUCCUGUUUCUGCGGAAGAAACAAACGAAAGACAUGGCACAGACAGUCGCAGUCCACCCUCUUCUAGUGUAGAUACCACGUUUACUACACUCUCUAGCGAAAGAAUAGAGGUAGACGGAAGGGGCGACCAAAAAGCCACCACAGGAAAUGGCGUUUCGGCGGAGGGACCCCCACACGCGGCACGACUCGAUCUUGCGGAAGAGCAACCCCAGCAAGAGGGGCAUUGCCUAUCCUAUCACAACUACUACCGGUCCGAAGAGCUCGAUCACCCACUUCAGCCUCUGGAGUUCAGUCAAGAGCUGCUGGAUAUGGUGAUGAAAAUCGCGCAGGCACGCGCAGAUGGGAAUUGCGAUGUAUGGGGACACUCCGAUCGUUCUUUACGCCCAGGGGCUGCAGAGAAUCUCUACGGCACUUUCGAGGAUCCUCCGCGGUGUGAAAGAGGCGUCUUUCUGUGGUUCGAGGAAUAUCGUGAAUUUCAAGGAACGUACCCUGGGACAAACUGGACGGAUUGGUUUCACCUGGUGGUUGGACACUUCACCCAGAUGAUGUGGCACACAGCGAGGUAUAUGGCAUGUGCGCGUACUCGAGGCUGUACAAAUGACAAUAACCAAUUGUUCUGUCUGUACAAGCCUUCGGGGAAUAUCGCCAAGCAAGCGCCUUUCAGCAGAGACACAUGGAGAUCGAUCCUUCGCCGGGAGAGAAAGUACGAGCAAUACAAUGUGCUCGAAGGAGGUCUGCCGCUCGGCCGUGCUCUGCCUCCCUCACAAAACUCCGGAGCAGAUUCCGAACAGGGACUGGAAGCACUCGCAGAAGGAAUCAAACGCGGAUCAUCUACAUCGACUAAGACAGAGGAGAAACAGAUACUCUUCUCUCGCAGAAUCGAAACGCGAGAUUCACAGUCCAUUGCUUUGAUGGAGAAGACGAACCCUCCCUCAGAGACGGGAGGAAGUUUCGGAGAAAGACUAAAAACACACUUUGCAGAAAGGCACAGCGCAGAUGCUUUAAGAACAAAACUGGUAAAUAAACAACGGGACACCAACCCUCUAGAACAGGACGAACACCGAGAAGCAGAGGAAGAACUACCUCGAGGAACGCAGGAUACUACCAAGGAUGAACAGAGCGAAAAUACCACAGAAAGCAACGAGCAGGAGGAAAACCAAGGAACCGAAGGAAAUGAUGGGUUUAUCUCUUUAGAAGCUCCACCUAUUUACGACUGGGUAUUAGGCUGGGGUCUGGAGAAGCCCUCCAACGAGUAUUUGGUAAAAGUCAAGCAACAGCUGCAGGGCACAGUUCACCGGGAAAGCUGGCUUCCCGCCGUCUGCUAUACUCCACAGGCAAUUAGCUUUGCCGUCUGCCAGAGAGACGGAAGCAUAAACAUCCACUAA